AUGGCCAACCAGGGUCCUCUGGACAAAAAGUGCCCCAACUGGCAACACCACGGCAGUCACAAGCAUCUGAUGGGCCCGCGGGAGUUCACGUACAAGCUACACCUUCAACUCACCCAGAAUCGAAACAAAGGGUUUGAGCCGCUACAUAUCCGUGGUCGGACGGGGUAUCUCAUGAAAGCAACUCUAUUAUCUCAUGGGUAUACCGUGGUCAUCAAGGCUAUAAUAAAGGAGAAACAGCAUACCCUUCAAGCAGAAGGUGAUAAUUAUCACCGCCUCCGAAGCUUGCAAGGGUAUCAGAUCCCGGUCUGCUUAGGCGACUUUGAGCCAAGCAUCACAUACUGGUACCAUGGUCAAUUAAUGGCGCACAUGAUGGUCCUGAGCUGGUCUGGAACUAGGCUCCAGCGGAUAAUUAGUAAGGAAAAUUUGAAUUUCUUCCACAAAGAGCGCGGCAGAGCUCUGAAGGCUCUAAAGGAGCAUGGGGCUGAACACAAAGAUAAAGAGUGGCGUAAUAUACUGUGGGAUGAACAGACGCGCAGUUUGGUUGUCGUUGACUUAGAGGACAUGGAAUGGCUUAAGCGGCCUCGGCCUCUCCAACCGACAUCUGGCAAUUCAUUGGGUCGUGGUCUCGUCCAACGACAGAAAAAUAAACGAAGGUGCCUGUCCAGCCUGGCUGCUGCCUGCAAAUCAUGA